AUGGACAUCGAGGCCUUCCGCAAGGCCGGGCACGAGGUCGUGGACAAGAUCUGCGACUACUAUGCCUCGCUCGAGCAGCGCCCCGUCGGCGCACAGGUGAAGCCGGGCUUCCUGCGCGAGGCCGUGCCGGAUGAGGCGCCAGAAAAGGGCGAGGAGUGGAGCGUCAUCUCCAAGGAUUACGACGAGAUCAUCCUGCCGGGCAUCACCCACUGGCAAGCGCCAGGGUUCAUGGCGUACUUCCCCGCCAACGCUACCUUUGAGGGCUGCCUGGCCGAUCUGCACGCUGCAGCCAUCUCCAAUCCAGCCUUCAACUGGUCCUGCUCGCCGUCUGUGACGGAGCUGGAGAUUCUGGUGCUGGACUGGAUCGCAAAGGCGCUGCAUCUCUCUCCCGCCUUCCUCUCCACCUCAGAAGUGGGCGGCGGCAUCAUCCUCGGCUCAGCGUCCGAGGUCGCCGUCACCGUCAUGGUCGCGGCGCGCGAGCGGGCACUGGCCAUGCUGUCGGACGCCAGGGGCGCCGAGGUGCCAGCUGACGGCGGUGCCCGGCCCGAGGCGACGGUGCAGGAGACGGGCACGCAGCACAAGGACCUCGACGAUGAAGAGCAGUGGGGCAAGUGGCGCGGCGACGCUACGGGCAGGCUCGUGGCCUAUGGCACCACCCAGACGCACAGCAUCGGCUCGAAGGCAUGUCUCAUUCUCGGCCUGGCGUUCCGUGCCCUGGAUGUCAAGGCCGAAGACGGCUAUGCGCUGCGAGGCGAUGUGCUGCGCAAGGCGCUCGAAGAGGACACGGCGAAGGGUCGCGUGCCGUUCAUGCUGAUCGGCACUUUUGGCACGACCAGUUCUGGUGCGGUCGAUAACCUGAAGGAGAUUGGCCAAGUCGCCAAGGACUACCCCAUGCUCUGGCUGCACUGCGACGCUGCGUACGCCGGCGUGGCCAUGUCGCUGCCCGAGGUGCGCGAGGCCUCGACGGACCUGGCCGCCAUCAACGAGUGCUUCGACUCGUACUCGACGAACAUGCACAAGUGGGGCCUGGUGCAGUUCGACUGCUCGCCGCUCUUCGUUCGCGAUCGCGGUGCACUCACGCGCGCGCUCACGGUGACGCCGGAGUACUUGCGGACCAAGCACGGCGAUGCCGGCUCCGUGCUGGACCUGCGCAACAUGCAGAUCUCGCUUGGCCGGCGCUUCCGGUCGCUGAAGGUCUGGUUCGUGCUCCGGUCAUUUGGCCUCGAGGGCUUCAGGGCGCAUCUGCGGAACGGCAUCUCACUUGCGCAAGGCUUCGCCGAGCAGCUGCGCGAGCAUGGCAAGCCGUUCGCCAUCGUGGCACCUCCGCGGUACGCCCUCGUCGUGUUCCGCCUGGAUCCCACCGGCGCUGGCGGCCAGAGCGAGGAGCUCGACGCACUCAACCGCCGCUUCUGGGAGGCGAUCCAGGAGUACAGCAAGGAGAUCCAGCUCACGCAGACGGUGCUGCCGGAGGUCGGCUUCUGCAUCCGCCUCGUGGUAGGCGCGCCGAGCACGCGGCAGCAGCACAUCGACAUGGCGUGGCGCAUCCUGCAGGAGUGUGCCGACAAGACGCUCAAGGCCUGA